GCCAUAUCUAGCGUGUCUCUCACCCAAGCAUGGGCUCAGAGGGGCAAAUAUACCACUCUUUCAAUUGAGUUGGUAUAUGGACUAUUUUUAGCACCUCACCUGGGGAGGGAUCAUCACAUCAAAACUCAGGCCGACCACCACAGAGGAAUUUACCACCCAGGACAACACAUAGCCAGAACUUUUUGGGCAAAACUCAUCUCAACAUACUGAGAUACAAGAAGAUUUAACCUUGGAUUUUGGAUUUUUGGAGAGCUCUUCUUAGCAAAAUACAAAAAUUGUCAUUAAAUCCAUAAAACCUUUCAGUAUCUUCAGAACCAGAGAUCUUCAUUGCAUUCCUGUAGUGUAACACUUCUCUGCUGCCAUUAUGGUGUGGGCUAAAAUGAAGUUCCCCUUUGAAAAAAGGGUGAAGCUAGCUCAGAGUUUGUGGCUGAUCUCCUGGCUGGCCACUUUAGGUGGAGCGAUCACCUUCUGUCUUGGAUGCUUCUUGAAGACAGAACUACGCAGGAGGGCAGAGGUGAUGGACAACACAGAGAUCCACAUUGUCCCAAACACCCUGAUUGUGGCUGGACUGGCCUCCAUGGGAAUCAACUGGUUUGCAGGUCGGAUCUGCCAGGAUGCCCUGGAUGCCAGCCGCUUCCCACGCUGGAAGACUUUCCUAAAGCCCUACUUCUGUUGUGCCAUCUUCUUCACAACCCUGCUGCUGAUUGGAGUCAUCCUAAGUUAUGCCAUGAAGGGCAGCCUGGAGGGCUCGCUGAAGGUUGGCCUCAAGAAUGGCAUCCGCUUCUACAAGGACACGGACACCCCAGGGCGCUGCUUCCAGAAGCAGACCAUUGACCGUCUGCAGAUGGAGUUCCGGUGCUGUGGUAACAACGACUACAAGGACUGGUUCGAGGUGCAGUGGAUCAGUAACCGUUACCUGGACUUCAGCUCCAAGGAGGUUAAGGAUCGUAUCAAGAGUAAUGUGGAUGGGCGUUACCUGGUGGAUGGUGUGCCCUUCAGCUGCUGUAACCCAAGUUCCCCUAGACCCUGCAUCCAGUACAAACUGACCAACAACUCGGCCCACUACAACUAUGAGCACCAAACUGAGGACCUCAACAUCUUCGUCCGUGGCUGCAGGGAAGCUCUGGUUGGCUACUACAUGGGCCUGAUGAACAGCAUUGGCGCUGUAGUGCUGACUGUCUUUAUCCUUCAGAUUACAGUGGUUGCAUGUCUGAGGUAUCUGCAGACCUCUAUGGAAGCUGCGGUUGGGCAGGAGAACACGGAGGUGGAAACAGAGGGCUACCUGCUGGAGAAGAGCGUGUCAGAGACCAUUAUGGAGUACCUGGACCCUGUGAUGAAGCUCCUGCUAAUAAACCAGGUGGAAGAUGGGCAGGUCAAGGCAGAAGCAGGGGCUGCUGGGACAUCAGGUGCAACAACUUCCGGGUCCUAAACAGCCACAGCUAUCUGGUUCAAUGAAAUAAAUGACCCAGUACAACUGGUACUUGGCAAAGAUAUCUAUUUUCAUUUCUAGCAAUGAAUCUCAUAUGAAACUACUGUAAAUAAUUUACCUAAUUCACCAAAAAAAAUUCUUGUCAAAACACCUUAAAAUCAAACCAUGCAAAGUCUCAAAUGUCAGUCAUAUCUGUUCACUGGUAAUGGACUAUGUAUUAUAAUGAUUGGCUCAAAAUGUGGAGAUAAGGCCAUUCUGGGUAUAUUUGUCUACUAAGGUGAAGAACAUUUGUGAGAACAUGUAAGUCUCUAAGAGCCAUGAUGCAAGGCUGUUGAUAACAUAUCUGAAGGAACUAAAGGUUAAGGAUUGUUUUUAACCCACUUUUCUUAUGGAAAAUUUCUGUUGUUAUUGGAUUGUGCCCAGUUUGUAUAUAAAAUAGAUUACCCUUUAGCAAGCUCAUCUGAAAAUUUAGCAUGCUGUAUAUUAGUUAAAUAUAAGAGUACAAGACCAGCUUGUUUCAGCUGAAAACUGCCCAAAUUAUGGAAAACUGGAAAUGUUAUAAACAUUAUUGUACAUUGUGCAAGCAAAUAAUAGCAUUUUAAAUGUAAAAAUCUGCUGUAGUCAAACCAUGCUCAGUGCUCAGCUAAGCAAAAUCCAGAACUACAGAUUGAGAACAACAAAACAGUCAGACUUAAUAAAAACCUUGUUUUAAUUGCUUUGUUGUGUAGUGCAAUUUUAUCUGAAUAGA